AUGGACCAUAGAGCUGGAGCUCAUCUAGCAGAACUACCUGUGGAAAUCAUCUACGAUAUCGUCAGCUAUCUGCCUUCCCUCCAUUCCCUGACAAACCUUGCCCAAACAUGUCGCUACCUGCAUGCAGUUAUCUUCAAUGACAAUUGUCGCAUAUUUCGAGCCUUUGUCCAAAACCAAUUCCCCGCAGUGGACACCCCUCCCUUUUGGAUCGAUGCAGCCCGAGCGCUGACAACGCGAUCUCGGGCGUUUGAUCGCAGAGCCAUAAUCGCGCGGUUCGUGCUCCCGCCCGAUAACGCUAGGCGCAUCGGCCAUCCAAGGACGAUCCGAACGGACCAUCCUACCCUAGGAUAUCGUCCGGUGAUCGAUAGCUAUGAAGUGUGGUACGGGUUUUCCUGGUCAGCUAGGAAGGAGGUACUCGUCUGGGGCGCCGGGGCCGACCUGGUCAUUCGAGUCAAGGACUUUGGCCGAAAAUAUCUCAGAGAUGCCAACGACCCGGAGAGGCCGGUUGAUGCGUCGCGAAGAAGGUCCAGUGGGACUCCUCAGGACUGUGUCGCCUGGGCGACGUUCAAUGAUUUGCACGGGGUGGAUAGUUGGGACGACAUAUCCGGCGUACAUUUACUAGGGUCGGAUUACUCGCACUGGACGGCUGAGGAAGAUAUUAUUUUCGGGCGGCGAAAUGGCAAGCUGGUGCGCAUGUAUGUUUCCGUUGAUACUGGCUCAAGCAAGCUACUAAAAACCUAUGUCACUGGAGGGAAAGAUCUUGAAAGUACUGACAUCAGUACGGGGCCUGGCCCUGUCCUCGCUGCAUCCAUGGGCAGAAAAUCAAUAUCAUUCUUCAAAGCUGAUGCUGAAGGGGAUGAAGUCCACCCAUUUGCCACACUGAAAACCGUUACACACGGAGUGGCAAGUCAUAGAUGCUCCAGGCUUCUGUGCAAUGAGAGAUUUGCGGUUGGUUCUGAUGGAGAGACGAACAAAAUCACAGUUUUUGGAUUUUGCCCAGACGGCGUGACUAAACUCCGCGAUCUUAGGAUCGAUGUUGAUGACGAUUCUAGAAAGGCCAAAGCGACUACUAUUGAACCUUUAACCGUGACGCGCUUCUCCAGUACUAAUCCCGGGAAUCUCUUCUUGUCUGGUUGGGAGGACAGCGUGACAAGCUACCUGGACGCCAACCUUCCACCAACAAACGCUUAUCCACACCCCGACAAUAACCAUACCCCCCAUCCGCCAUCGGACAUGGGGCUAUUCCCAAGCAAAGAUAUAUCCGUCUUUCUAUCCAAUCGAAUUCAAAGCGUUGCGGGUCGAGCGAUGAACCGUUUCCGCGAACCCCACCGCUACCGAGGUCCUAUCUAUACCAUCUCCCAUCCUUCCCCAUCCUCGUCGACCCUCUAUAUCGGCGUUGAAGACAGCGUCCUCCGCCUCGACAUGGUAUCAACCGAUGAUUUAGCCGGUAAAAACAGUGCAUGGUGUCAACGGAAUCUUGAUCUGGGGUUAGACCCGCACGGCGGCCCCGAUUGUCGACCCUUGGAGCUUUCGUGUUAUGAGCGGCCGUUUCCCAAGGACCAAGGAAGGGGUGUCAGGCUUAUGAUGCAGGAUUCAUUUUGGACAGCCCUGGAGGAGCAAGCGGGCAAUCAGUCCGAAGUAGUUACAUUUCGUCCCGGUUGGUAG